AUCCUAUGAAUGAAAGAUUAUUUGCUGACAUGGAGCAAGAACACAUGCCUGAGAAUAUUUAUGGGAAUUUUUUUAUAUGAAGUUGAAGGCGAGGGGGAGGAGAGAGAAGCAAGAGUGGUUGCAGACGCGGCAGCCAAAAAUGGUUGUGGAAUAUGAUGGGAUCAACCACCAUUGUUACUGCAAGAGCUAGACAUGGAAAUAUCUGCCUCUACUUCCUUUUCCUGCUCUUCAAUCUCUUCCGUUUCAUCAUCUGAUUCUCAUAUCUUGAAUAAAUUCUUUUUCCUUUUUUAUCGUUUGUUAAAUACUAACAAGAACACGUUUUUCCUUUUUCUUGCUUUGCUAUUCAUCAAGAACUAAUUUUCCCCUCUCCUUGCUUUGUUAAUCAUCAAGAACUCACUCUUCCUUUUCAUUUGCUUUGCUAAUACUCAAGAUUUGACCUUUUCUGAAACAAGCCCACUUUUAUUUUUGAAUUUCUUGAUCUGGGUUCUGAUUUGGAGGAAUUCUUGCUUUGUUGCUUGGUGAACUCACUUUUUUUCACCGUCUAUUUGUGGGCUUUACUGUUUUAUUGAGGCAAAAGUUGGGUCCUUGUUGAUGCCUGGUGAAAAGCUCUGGAUCUUUGCCUCUGUUUGAUGAGAGAGCCAGUUUUGAAGUUGAAAGUUGAUGAUUCUGGGAUUGGUCGAGUCAAGUUUAAGGUUUGAAUUUGUUUGAGGAAUUUUGCACACCAUCUUGUGUUGCUGUUGUUUAUUAUUGUCUGUAACCAUACAGUUUUUGGUUUAGAUCUAACAUAUUUUGUGUGGAUUUCUUUCAGGCCAUACAGUCCCCUUUGGUGAUACCUUUCCUGGUUCUUAAGUGAUCCUGUGCCUCGUUGAAACGGUGCAGAAAAAAGAGAAGUAUAUAUACGUGACAUCUAACAGAACAAGUAGAUAACCCAAUAUUUUAUUCUGGGUUUUUAUUUUUGGUUAGUUAGGAAGAAUUGUGAUUGAUAGUUGAAUAUAUUAGGAGAAUAGCAUAACUGUUUUAGGCCUAAAUUGCCUAAUUGAUCUACUAGUGUUUGUGGUGGGAUUUUACUGCUCUAUGGCAACACCUGGUAGUACACUGGUGAAUUUGAUAGCGAAAAUUAGAUCUUGGAUGUCUUGGGGAGAUAGUCAAUCUAAAUCGACUGAGAACAACUGCAAUGGUUUCUGUCAUUGUGGUGCGAGUGCAUUAAAUUCUCAUAUCAAGUACCGCUGCUUGAGCUGUGGAAGGUGGUGGUGUGGGAAAUGUGUGCAGGGAAUCGCUUCUUUAGAUGUUGCUGCCCCUAGACGUUCAAACGAGAAUACCGAGGCUAUCUUUGAUAUCAAGACAUGCAAACUCUGCUUUGAGCUUGGUCCUAUAAGUAAAAGUACCCAGAGGUGCAGUAGUAAGGUUUAUCCUUUUGAAUCUCCGAGACAAAGCCAGGAACCAUCAUCACCGAGUUUUAGUGGUGAGAAAUCCGAUGGUCAUUUUCCUCACAGUGUGGAUGGAAUCACUGAUGAAUCAUAUUCUAACCAGUCAUCUCCAUUAUCCUUGCAUCAUUCAUCAAGCAGGAGUGAUGAAGAUGAUGGAGAGGAUUCUACGGGACACUUUUUCAAUGCUUCGAGUGAAUACCUUAACGACAUUUCUGACAUAGAUUCUGUCUGUCUUCGACCUAGACAUGAAUUUUGUAGUUUUAUGUCUCUCGAUUCAAGUCCAUCAGAUAGUCCCUCUAGGAUCAAUGUUAAUUCCAAUAUAGUCGGGCACUGUGUAAAGCGAGAGCUUGAGGUGGACUCAAGUUCUCGAGAUGAUAGCAACUUCGACCCAGAGCAGGCUAUUUUAGAAAAGUCUGCUGAAAGAGUUUGGGAUUCGAGGAAUGUUGAAACUAAUGGUCUCAUUUGGAUUCCUCCUCCUCCUGAUGAUGAUGCUGAUGAGGAGGAAAAUAGUUUGCGUACAUAUGAUGAUGAAGAUGAUGAAGUUGGAGCCUCUGGUGCUAUGUUUUCCUCUAAUAGCAGUCUUGAGAGCACAUUAUUAGCCAAGGAGAAGCAACAUCUGGAUUCCAAGGAGCCCUUGAGAGUCAUUGUUCAGGGGCAUUUCAGAGCUCUUGUGUCACAGCUAUUGCAAGGGCAGGGAAUAAUCUCGACCAACGAGAAAUGGCUAAACAUAGUUACAGCAAUUGCGUGGAAGACGGCGAACUAUAUAAAACCUGAUACUAAUGGAGGAGGUAGCAUGGAUCCCUGUGACUAUGUAAAGGUCAAAUGUGUAGCUUCAGGAAGUCCCAGUGAAAGCAAACUUAUCAAAGGAAUAGUUUGCACGAAGAAUAUAAAACAUAAACGUAUGACGUCUCAAUACAUAAACACCAGAAUAUUACUCUUAGGAGGAGCACUCGAGUAUCAAAGAGUUCCCAAUCAGCUGGACUCUUUCGAUACAUUACUGCAACAGGAAAAGGACCAUCUGAAGAUGAUUAUUUCAAAAAUUGAGGCCCUCCGUCCUAAUGUUCUUCUUGUUGAGAAAAGUGUGUCUUCAUUUGCUCAAGAGCAGCUGUUAGAAAAAGAGAUAUCGUUAGUUAUAAAUGUUAAGCAGCCGCUACUUGAGCGGAUUGCAAGAUGUACUGGUGCCCUUGUAACUCCAUCCAUUGAUCAUUUACCCAAAACAAGGCUGGGGCACUGUGAGCUCUUCCAUUUGGAGAAAAUCACAGAAGAUCAUGAAUCGGUCAAUCAGUUUAACAAAAAACCAUCAAAAACCUUGAUGUUUUUCGAAGGUUGUCCCAGGCGAUUAGGUUGCACGGUUGUACUGAAGGGUUCAUCUCUUGAGGAACUCAAGAAGGUGAAAAAUGUGGUCCAUUAUGCCAUCUUUGCAGCAUAUCACCUGUCACUAGAGACUUCAUUUCUUGCUGAUGAGGGCGCAAGCUUUCCUAAAUUCUCACAUUUUAAUCCGAAAAAAAUGACUCUUGAUAAGGAAAUCCCAGCCCCCUACUCUGUCGCAACCACCAGCUACAAAGAAGAAGUAGGCGCCCUUCCACGUAUUGGAUCGGAAGAUCUCAAUUUGGAGCAUGGAUUACAAGAGUCCAUGUCUGUGCUUGGCGUGGUUGAAUCUGAUGAUCUCUCUCCCAACAACGAGAUUAUAUACAGAAAAGCACUACUGAACGCAUGUGAUGAGAACUUGGCUUUGGAUGGAGCCCUCGACAACACGAGGCCUACUUGUAGACAUGCAGGUUUAUCCCCACUGGAACCGAGUCAAGUCAAGAUGACCAAUGAUGCUGAAGCCUCUAUUGAAAAUUAUUCAGCAAAUGACAUUGACAAUAGUCAGAGCAUAUUAGUUUCUUUCUCCAGUAACUGUAUCCUGAAUGGCUCUGUAUGUGAACGUUCACGGCUUCUUCGUGUGAAGUUUUAUGGCCCUUCUGAUAAACCACUAGGGAGAUAUCUUAGGGAGUACUUGCUUGAUGAGUCAUCUCGUUGCCAUUCAUGCAAGAAAUCAGCUGAAGCCCAUGCCAUACGUUAUACUCACCAGCACGGUAACCUGAUGAUCAAUGUGCAACGUCUCUCCACUGUUAGGCUUCCCAGGGAACAGGAUGGCAAGAUUUGGUUGUGGCACAGAUGCCUCAGAUGUGCACAUGUAGAAGGAAUUCCACCUGCUACACGAAGAGUAGUUAUGUCAGAUGCCACGUGGGGACUUUCUUUUGGGAAAUUUCUUGAACUUAGUUUUUCACAAUAUGCUACAGGGAACCGGGUUGCAAACUGCGGUCAUUCCAUGCAAAGGGACUGCCUCAGAUUUUACGGGUUUGGAAGUAUGGUUGCCUCCUUUCAGUAUUCUCCGAUUAGCAUCCUUUCUGUUUGUUUGCCCCCUCCGAUUCUUGAAUUCUGCAGGCCCGGAGAGCAAAGCUGGCUAAGACAAGAAGCAUCAGAGCUUCUGAGUAAAGCAGAAGCCCUGUAUACCGAGAUAUCAGCAUUACUUCAGGAUAUCAAUCUCCGAAGCUUAUCUUCUAUACAUGAAUUUUCCGAAGCAAGUGACUUGCAUGGACGGAUCUUGGAGCUAAGCGACAUGGUUGCUAAAGAACAGAGCUAUUACCAAGAUUUGCUCCAACCACCUAGCAAUGAGAUUCAAGAACACGAUCAAGCAGAAGUUGACAUUCUUGAGAUUAACCGCUUGAGACAUUCUCUUUCAAUCAAUUCAGAUGUUUGGGAUCGGCGCUUGUAUCUGCUCGAUUCCCUCCUCAGGAAAAGUUCUAGUCUGAAGGUUCCCUAUGAUGUGGAAGCUCGCAUCACACGAAGAGAUUCUGAAACAUAUACGAACCCUUGCAGCCUUGACCGUCGUCAUGAAGAUACUAGGGUGGAGCACCCAACAAUAGAGAAAUCUUUCCUCUCGGAUAAAAUAGAUUCUGCCUGGUGUGGUGCUGAUCAGGCACUGAUGGGAGCUUGCUUGCUUGACAACCUAAAUAGUGAUGUAUCCGAAACUAUGUCAGCAGCCAAACAAAUGAAUCAGAGAGACAACCCAACUUUCAGAAGAUUGUUAUCACGAAAGAGAGUUUACUCCUUCGAUUCUGUUCAGAGGCUAGAAGAGAGAAUGAGUGAAGAGCUGCCGCCUCAUUUGCAUUUGUUGACACUUCGAUCUUUUCAUGCUUCUGGUGAUUUCAAGUACAUGCUCAGGGACCCCGUCUCGAGUAUACAGAGAACAAACUCUCACGUAUUACCAAGCGAAGCUGAGAAGUUGAAAAUUUCAACACGUGUCUCGCCCUCUUUCAUUCCGUUUCUCUCUAUUCUGCCUGAAGGAGCAAGACUUCCUGUUCAACAAAAUGGUCAACGUGAUGUUUUCAUCACUGUUUAUGACAACGAGCCCACGAGCAUAAUCUCGUAUGCCCUUACCUCCAAAGAGUAUGCUGACUGGAUUGCUGACAAACAGAAUGGGAAUGCAAGAGAAGUGAAUGCUGGUAGCCUAUUCAACAUCUUGAAUCCGAAAGCUGCUGACCUUUCCACAUGCCCGUCUUUUGGUUCUCUCGAUCUGGAUUACAUGCAAUACAGCAACUACUGCUCCAAAGAUGCAUUUCUCUCUGCAGAUCCCAAAAGUUCGCCUCACUGCAGAAUUUCUUUUGAGGAUGGGUCUUCAACGACAAAGAUGAAGUUUUAUGUUACUUGUUACUUUGCGAAGCAGUUUGAUGCUCUUAGGAAGAGGUGCUGCCCCGAUGAAUUGGACUUUGUGCGGUCCUUGAGCCGCUGCAGGAGAUGGAGCGCGCAAGGAGGGAAGAGCAAUGUCUACUUCGCCAAAUCAUUUGAUGAACGUUUCAUAAUCAAACAGGUGACAAAGACCGAGUUGGAAUCAUUCAACGAAUUCUCUUCCGAGUAUUUCAAGUAUCUGACAGAUGCUCUUAGCUCUGGAAGCCCAACUUGUCUUUCCAAAAUACUCGGCAUUUACCAGGUUGCAGUGAAACCCUCAAAAGGUGGCAAGGAGACGAAGAUGGAUUUGAUGGUGAUGGAGAAUCUCUUCUUUAAAAGAAGUAUCACGAAGAUUUAUGACCUGAAGGGCUCAGCACGAUCCCGAUACAAUCCAGACACGACGGGAGCAAACAGAGUACUGUUAGACAUGAAUCUAGUGGAAAACUUGCGAACGGAUCCCAUAUUUCUCGGAAGCAAAGCCAAGAGGAAGCUGGAGAGAGCAGUCUGGAACGACACCUCAUUUCUAGCGUGGGUGGAUGCGAUGGACUACUCGUUGGUGGUGGGGGUGGACGAGGAGCGGAAGGAGCUCGUGCUGGGGAUCAUCGACUACAUGAGGCAGUAUACAUGGGAUAAGCACUUGGAGACAUGGGUGAAGGCAUCUGGUAUUCUUGGUGGACCAAAAAAUGCUUCACCAACUAUUAUUUCACCCAAACAGUACAAGAAAAGAUUCAGGAAAGCAAUGACCGAAUACUUUCUUACAGUGCCAGAUCAAUGGUCCUCGUAAUUAACAGCUACCAUUACACAUUAACAUUGCUAACCAUUCAUCUAUAGAAAAUAAAAUUAGAUUAACUCUUUCUGAUUGUAGCCUUUUUAAUUGCUGGAUGAUUGUGAUUACAUUUUAGAGGUUUUGUUAACAUACAAUAAUUUUUGAAUUUAUUAUCCCAAUUGACUCAUAUUUUAAA